UCCCAGUUGUGGCUUGUCUUGGCUGAAACAAAUGGGUCGAAUCCUGAUUAACUUUGUGUUGAAUCGCAUUAUCCCGUCUCUUUCGCCUCCCCCCGUGAAGCUAUCUAACAAGCCUCGUACCAAUAGAUUUGUGCAGAUAACACGGGGGCAUUGUGCCGACGGGCCGCGCUACAAAUCCUUAAUUACAGCAUGGGGGGAUCGGGUGACUCCGCCAUCCAAUACCGGGCUCCCCGCGCGGAAAGGGCUCUUUGAUCAAGAAAAUCCAAUUAUUUGUGUAUAUACAUUUCCCACAUAGUGAUUACUUCAUUAAUUGUCCCGCCUUUAUCUCCACCCUGCCCAUCCCCCCUAAUAAUCAGCCCUUUUAUCCAGACCAACAAACACACCAUAGGAGCUUUGUGGAUUCAAAGGAUUUGCUUCCCGCUCUCAAAGAGCCGCUAUUCUUUGAUGAUUGGGCAGCGGCAAACUUCAAAGUCAUAAAUCUUCCUCCUGACUGGCUGGCGGCCCACCAAAGUCCUUAUCAAAUCCUAAGAAGUGAUCCUUCAGUCCCUCAGAUGGUCCAAGGAUAUCUGGAGGAGAGGAAGCGCAGGGACUCCACUUUUCUACAGGAAUACGCUGUUGUGUUUCUUCCAGCGCUCCGACUCUUCGCCUGAGACAGUGAGGAAGAGCGCGAGGAGAAAGUUGGCCAUGGCAGCGGUGGCUGUGCUGAGGAACGACAGUCUACAGGCGUUUCUGCAGGACCGUACUCCAAACUCCUCACCGGAGAACAAGCAUUCACCUCUAGCGCUUUUAGCAGCUACGUGUAAUCGGAUCGGGCACCACCACCACCACCAUCACCCAUCUAACCCAGCUGACUUUAUCCAAGUUCCAUACGACGCGACCCUGGGUUCUCCAUCGCGCAUUUUCCAUCCGUGGAGUAACGAGGCAAAUCAUCAGACUGCUAUUUCCAGCAGUUCCUCUUUCGGACUAUCGUCUAAACCUCCACUUUCUGCGCACCUCCAAGGCUCCUACAGCUCUCCCCAUGAGCUGCCGUUAACACCUCCGGCAGAGCCCUCGUACCCUUACGACUUCUCGCCGGUCAAGAUGUUGCCGUGCUCCGUACAGUCAUUACAGGCCACGUGUCCGCCGACCUACGUCCCUGCUGUGACGUACACGGCUCCAGCGCCCAUGCCACCUGCCGUGCCAGCUUUUGUAGCCGGCCACUCGGGCCUGGUACCCCAACAUCAGAGACAGCUGUCCCCAAAUCCGGCCGAGGACAUCCCGUGGUGGAGCUUGCAGCAAGGCAACGCCGUAAGUCACCCGUCGUCCCUGGCGCCUCACCGUUUUCCUCUCCAGAGGGGUUUAGUGCUUGGCCACACGGACUUGGCGCAGUACCAGAGUCAGAUCGCUGCUCUGCUGCACCCCAAAUCCCCCCUCGCUUCAGCGCGCCGAUGCCGCAGGUGUCGCUGCCCGAACUGCCAGACGUCCAGCUCGAGCGACGAACCGGGUAAAAAGAAGCAGCACGUAUGCCAUGUUCCCGGCUGCGGCAAAGUUUACGGCAAGACGUCCCAUCUAAAAGCGCACCUUCGCUGGCACUCCGGAGAGAGGCCGUUCGUCUGCAACUGGCUUUUCUGCGGGAAAAGUUUUACACGCUCGGACGAGCUGCAGAGGCACCUGAGGACACACACCGGAGAGAAGCGCUUCGCCUGUCCCGACUGCUGCAAGAGGUUCAUGAGGAGCGACCACUUGGCCAAACACGUGAAAACACAUCAGAACAAGAAAGCCAAACCUCAUGAGAAGAGCGCAGGACACGUUAAACGGGAAGACACGAGACACAUUUAAAGGACUGGUGCAAUACCUUGCACUCCUGACAAUGCACAGAACAUAAAAAGUGGACUUUACAAAAUGUUUCAACUUUCUUAACAACCAAUGCAAGUUGUUUCUUUUAAAGGCGUGAAAAGUCUCACUUAUUUGGAAUUUACAUUUCUGGACUUGUAAAUAUGAUUUUCAAGUCUGUACAUUACAUUACGAAGUCAUGGGGACUUUGAAAGAUGUUUCUUAUCCCUGUGCUGCCCAUAAUAUCACUAACAAGUUUUGAACUUGUGUUAAGAUCUUUGUCUUCGGUGGAAGAUCUCACAUUGAUUGUAAAUAUAUAUUUAAUAGCUUUUGUUGAAGGAAAGUGUCGGUUUUCGCUCCUUGUGGGGUGUUUUAGCAUGCUAUAUUGAAAACAAGCUGUUAAAUUGCUGUGUAAAAAUAAAGAAACUUGUUCAUCCACUUAAAGUUGAGUAAUAUAGUAAGUAAAAGGUUUUCACAUCAGGGUGAGGGUAAAAUAUCGUUUAAGAUCUUAUAACACUGGUUUUAGCAAUCCCUUCAAGUAAAGCUGGCAUCACUGUAGAAUAGUAUCAGUUUAUAUAAACUGAGUAAAUAUGACAAACGUUUCUUGAUGGCAUCUUUUAUAUCACAGCUAAAAGUCUAAUAAUAUUAUUGUUAAAGGGAAGACAUUUGUAUUACUAUUAUGUUCAUAUCACAGCUUUUGCUUAGAUGAUCUAUCAAGUUUGGGUACGUUGGCCGACAGAGCUUUAAACUAAUACAUUCGUCUAUAAUAUGAGGAGGUCCGUAAUUUUUGCUGGUUUUAUUAAGUCAUGCCUUUGUGCUUUUCUUUUUAUAUGACUAUGAACAGUGAAAAGGUUUAACUUGUGUGUGUGGAAUUUUAAUGAAAAUGCUCAAAAGGAGCCAACUGUAUAAACUCUAUUACAUUGUUUUUAAUUCAUUUGUGUAACUCAUUUGUUAGUUAUACUACUCAAAGAACCACAAUAUGAUUUUUUAGGUUUACUUCAUUCAAGUACAUCUGGAGAUUAAACAACCUAUUGAACAACUAAUGUAACAGAAUUACAGGUGUUUCACAGUUUACGUAAUUGUAUAUGUAAUAUAGUAUUCUAAUUAAAUAGGAUUGUUGGCUUUUACAUUUUGAUCAGCUUUAAGUAAUAUUUUAAGCUCCACUCUAGCACACAGUGAUGAAGAACUUAUCACAAAAAUAAGGAUUGUGCUCAUGGGAUGAGCUGGCCAUUCCACAAAGUCUAAUACUUUUUUCCACAAAAAAAUAUUUAAGACACAAUAUUGGAAUCGAAAUCUGCUGUACUCUCUAUGUAGAGGAGUUAAAGGCCAAAGAGUGUAUUGAAUUUCCACACAAAUCAGGUGUUGUACUGUACUUUCUAAGAAAAGGGUUUGUUAAUGGUGUGUUUGUAUAUUUAUCAGUUUGCUUUAUAAUCUUGCUCUAAUUUGGAACCUUUUCUGAUGGUGAGAAACUCUGUAUGGUUCAACAGAGAGCAUUUAAAGGUUGCUCUAGAGUUAUAACUUAGAUUAGAUAGAUUUUAAUGUUUUUUCUGCAGGUGUUUAAAAAUGUUUCUAUGCCAAGAGCCAACAUGUUGAUGGAUGUAGAGCCACAAACUGCAUGGUGAAAAUGCUAUUAGCAGUGUCCUUAUCUUCUAAUAUUGCACCUCCAACCCCCACAAAUAUAAAUAAACAAAUAAACAAACAAACAAACAAACAAAUAAUUGCUGACACCAUUACAGCAUAAGACAAUAAGUAUGCCAUCCUGUGGUGUUUUAACUUUAGCUUUAUAACUAGCAUAUCUUGUUCUAUUAUAUCCACUUACCAGUGAUGAUUGAA